ACACACACACACACAGGAGCACAAUAGAUAAUUGAUGGAUCAAAAUAUCUGGUCUUCCUAAUGUCUUUGUAGAUGGAGGAUCCCAACCUGCUGGAGGAGUCAUCGGCCCUGAUGGAGGGCAGUGAGGGGGGCCGCGGGGCCCCGCUCAGACUGGGCUUUGUGGCCGGAGUGAUCAGCAGGGAGAGGAUCCCGACCUUUGAGAGGAUGCUGUGGAGAGUGUGUCGCGGUAACGUCUUCCUAAGGAAGGCAGAGAUCGAGGACCCUCUGGAGGACCCCGCCACGGGAGACCAAGUCACCAAAUCAGUGUUCAUUAUCUUCUUCCAAGGUGACCAGCUGAAGAACAGGGUGAAGAAGAUCUGUGAGGGGUUCCGCGCCUCACUCUACCCCUGUCCAGAGACCCCACAGGAGAGGAAGGAGAUGCUGGCUGGAGUCAACAGCCGCAUCGACGACCUCCAGAUGGUGCUGAACCAAACAGAGGACCACCGUCAGCGAGUGCUGCAGGCCGCCUCCAAGACCAUGCGGGUGUGGUUCAUCAAGGUGAGGAAGAUGAAGGCCAUCUACCACACGCUCAACCUGUGCAACAUCGACGUCACCCAGAAGUGUCUGAUCGCUGAGGUGUGGUGUCCCGUCUCAGACCUGGACUCCAUCCAGUUUGCUCUGCGCAGAGGGACGGAGAGGAGCGGCUCCACGGUGCCGUCCAUUCUCAACAGGAUGCAGACAAAGCAGACUCCACCUACCUUCAAUAAGACCAACAAGUUCACGUCAGGCUUCCAGAACAUCGUCGACGCCUACGGCAUCGGGAACUACCGGGAGAUCAAUCCAGCUCCGUACACCAUCAUCACUUUCCCCUUCCUGUUUGCGGUGAUGUUUGGCGACAUGGGUCACGGCGCGCUGAUGACCUGUGCUGCCCUCUACCUGGUCAUCCGAGAGAGUCGCCUCGUCGCCCAGAAGAGUGACAACGAGAUCUUCAACAUGGUGUUUGCUGGUCGCUACAUCAUCCUGCUGAUGGGGCUCUUCUCCAUGUACACUGGAAUCAUUUACAACGACUGCUUCUCCAAGUCACUCAACAUGUUCGGCUCUGGGUGGAGCGUCAGGCCCAUGUUUGGCCCCAAAGGAGCCAACUGGACGUAAGUCCCCAACUCUGCUUGGACUGGUAGUUACUUUCUCUACCACAGUUAAAAUAGAUGGGGGCACCACGCCUUCAUAUUUUUGUAAAUAUUUUCCAAUGAAAUUUGUCAAAACAUAUCAAAGAAAUAGUUCAACAUUUUGGGAAGUAUGCAUAUUUGUUUACUUUCUGAGAGUGAGAUGAGAAGAUGAAUAUCAAUUUCAUAUCUGUGUGUUAAGUAUAGGGCUGGAGUCAGGACUUGGUUAGCCUAGCUUAGCAUAAAGACCAACACCUCUAAAGCUCACUAAUCAAUACAUUGAAUGUCUCAUUUCUAAGCAAACAGAAAUGUAAAAACGACAAUUUGUGGUUUUGGGGAAGUUGGAGCCAUUUGUUGGCGAGCAGCCAGGUGCGGUGACUUUCCUAAGACUUGCUGUCACAGUGAGGUUGACCUGGUUAAGAACCAUCGUGCCUCUACAGAAACAUUACUAACACCUGUGCUCGCUGAUCUGCCCAUUAACCUGCGCUAUAGCCAGAGAAACAGAGAACUGGUUAAUGGACAA